AUGAACCGCGUUGACUACAACGAAAAGGCACAAGCCCUCCUAGACGACCAACAGUCCUACAAGUCCACGCCUCCCUCGCGAGCCAAAUCGAUGAUUGGUCAACUAACUGGACUCCUGAACCGACUCAAGCGAAACAGUGCUAUAUCGCUGGACGAUUGGCGACAGAUUAAACCAACGGAUACGGCACUGGCCCGGUUUUAUGGAUUACCCAAAAUCCACAAGCCCAAUGUUCCCCUUCGACCAAUCGUUGCCUUGAAAGGCAGCCCCACUUACAAUCUAUCCAAGUGGAUGGCCCGAAAACUUAACUUUCUCCGAGAAGGCUCAAGGACCUCCAUCAAUUCGGCCUCCCAAUUCCUGGCCGACAUCCGAGGAAAAGUUGUCCGACCGGAGCAGAUCAUGGUGUCCUUUGACGUGGUUUCAUUAUUCACGUCCAUCCCACCGGACCUGGCACGCGACGUUUUUCGCAAACGACUCGAAGAGAACUACGACGAGACGAACAAACCCCUAAAAAUCGACCACUUACUAAAACUGUUUGCUUUCUGCCAACAAACCUUCACCUUCAAUGGCAGAACAUACGAGCAGAUAAAAGGAACGUCGAUGGGUUCGCCAAUAUCCAGCCUGGUUGAAGAACUAGUCCUGCAGGAACUGGAAAAAGUCGCCUUCGACCACUAUGAACCUGCAUUUUGGCGCCGGUACGUGGACGACACGUUCGUCAUAAUUGAAAGGAGCAGACUGGCCGACUUCCAAGACCUGCUCAACGGCAUCUUCCCAGACAUCCAGUUCACAAGGGAAGAAGAGCAUGCCGAACAGCUGCCUUUCCUUGACGUUCUCGUCACACGCACACCCAACGGCGAACUCAACACCACGGUGUACAAAAAGGCGACUAACACGACUCAGAUUCUCAACUACCACAGCAACCACCCAAUGGCGCAUAAACGCAGCUGUGUUAGGACACUCUUCCGGAGGGUCAAAACGCACUGCAGUGAACCAGAGGGACGAGUACAAGAACUUCGGCAUCUUCGGGACCAACUGGCAAGGAAUGGAUACCCGAACAGAUUCGUCAGCCGCUGCCUCCGCAUGCGCCCACGGCGAACAAACGGAGGAGAGCCGCCAACACUCUGGCACCCUCUGCCAUAUAUAAAGAACGUAUCCGAAGCGAUGGAACGUAUCGCUGGAGAGCUCGGCGUGGGUAUCGCUCACCGUCCGACAGCGACCAUGCGCAGCAAAAUCAUGCAAGUGAAGGAUCGCCUAGACGUGGGUGAACAAUCGGGCGUCGUCUAUCAGAUCCCAUGUCAGGACUGCCCUCGCCACCACACUGGACAAACCGGACGACGACUUAGCUCACGAAUAACGGAGCACAAACGGGCGGUCCGGAGAGGCGACCCGUUGUCUCAGGUCGCCACUCACACCCUGGAGGAACGCCACGAAUUCAACUUUGCGAGCACGCGGAUAGUGGCGCGGGCCAGCAAUAAGACAGGACGAGAACUGUUAGAGGCCUGGGUGUCUGACACCAACGCUAUCAACAGGCACGUUGAUAUACCCCCCUGCUAUCACGCGCUCCGUUCCCGCGGCCAAGGGGCGAGACCCAAUUUCCAGCCAAGGGUGCACGCAGUCACGCCACCGUGA